AUGAAAAGUGAAUUGGAUAUAAUCCCGAUUGUGACAAAGACGCUGAAGGUCAUGCAGCAGAUGAGGAGUGGCAAGGCAAUUCGGAUUGAUGGUAUCUCAUCUGAGAUCCGGAAACACGGAAGUCAAGCACUUCACGCUAAGUUUUACGAGCUCAUUCCGAGAUAUUGGGAAAAAAGCAAACUUCUACCAGAUCUCCAUGAUGCCAUCAUUAUCGUUCCAUGCAAGAACAAAGGA